GUUGUUAAUGGUAAUGUGUUUAAUUGGUUAACAUCAUUAUCUCCUGCACCGUUACCAGUGACCACUGUCAUCCUGCAGGCCCUGGUGGCGGGAGUCGUUAGUGGUGACCAGGUGCAGGUGUUGGCCGCCCUCGCCCUGGGUGCUGACACCUCCGUCACGGUGGUGGGGCCUCUUACCCAAGUGCCACUCUGCAUGUUGAGCGUGGCGGCUGCGAGGGGUCACACUCACCUGGUGCCUCACCUGCUGGCGGCGGGACUCCCCGUGGAGGGUUCAGUGGUGUCCUCCAACACACCUUUACACUGCGCGGCUAGCAGCGGUCAUGACCAGGUGGUGAGGCAGCUGCUCAGCGCCCAGGCUCACCUGCGAGCCAGGGGUCGUAAUGGUGUGACCGCACUACAUGAGGCAGCGCAGCAUGGUCAUAAGUCGUGUGUGGUGACGCUACUUGGUGCCGGCGCUGACCCUGACUCUCGGGACGCCUCUGGUCGGUCACCACUGCACCUUGCUGCCGUAGGUAACCACACAGGUGUUGUGCAGGUGUUGCUGACAGCUGCCGGGUGUGACCGUCACGCUGUAGACAAGAUCGGGGAGACAGCACUACACCAGGCAGCGAGGGGCGGAGGUCUGGAGGCAACACAGUGCUUGGUGGCGGCCGGCCUCGACCCUCGCGCCAGGAACAUACAGGGAGACACACCUCUGGACAUGACGAGGCUGGCGGGUCGUGACCGUGUGGAGUGGUGGCUGAGGAAGCUGCCUCGCCCCCACCCUGCUGCUGGGACACCCACGCUGCCUCGCCCCCACCCUGCUGCUGGGACACCCACGCUGCCUCGCCCCCACCCUGCUGCUGGGACACCCACGCUGCCUCGCCCCCACCCUGCUGCUGGGACACCCACGCUGCCUCGCCCCCACCCUGCUGCUGGGACACCCACGCUGCCUCGCCCCCACCCAGCUGCUGGGACACCCACGCUGCUCCUAGUG